AUGGCGAGCGGCGGGCGGCGUUCGGGGGAGUUGGGCUCGUUACGUGGUCAAGUCUUUGGCGGCUGGCGGGGGGAGGGGAGGUGCACCAGCCGGGACGCCGCGGGUUUAAAACGUGCGCGUGAGGUGAUCAGGGCGCGUGCGCGAGGGUGUGGAGGGGACGGGAGGGGCACCCGCCGUCUUCCGGGGGGGAGGGGCGGCGAGGCGAGGCCUGCGGAGCGGGUGCGCGCGGGCGCCCCGCAUCAACCCCCACCCCCACCCCGGCCCCUGCUCUCCGGAGGCGGUCGAGGAAGACACUUAAAGAUGAAGUGCCUAAUUCAAGGUCACACAGUGUCGGGAAUGGACCUCCAGAUUUCCUUACUGGUGACAACCCAGAGGCGCCAAGACAGGGGUCCCCAACCCAUCUGUGGCCCAUCAGGAACGGGUUGCACAGCAGGAGGUGAGACAUGGUCUUGUAACACAGUGGUCAAGAGUGUGACUUUGGAGCCAGCCUGUUGGGGGCUGAAUUCUGACUCAGCCAUUUGCUAACUGUGUGACCUUGGGUAAUUCAUUUACCUUCUCUGUCCUUCAAUUUUAUCUUGGUAAAGUAGGGAUAAUGAUAGUACCUAUUUAUGGGGUUAUUGUGAGGAAUAAAUCCAAGUAAAAUGCUUAGAAUAGCAAUUGAAACAUAGCACUCAAUAAAUAUGAUUUAAUUUUCAUUUCU